AUGUUCAGAACUGAGAAAAGCAAAUUUGCUUUCAGCCCAGGCCAGCUUUCUAAGUUGCUCAAUCCCAAGAGCCUCAACGCCUUUUAUGCUCUUGGGGGAAUUGAUGGUAUAGAGAAGGGACUGCAUACAGAUCGUAAUGCUGGCCUCAGCACCGAUGAGUCCACAGUGGCGGGAGAGGUCGCAUUCCACGAAGUUGCGCCAAAAGGAACACCAAAACACGGGACGACUGGUGAUGCAAUACCGGAGAGUAAUGCUGAAGCAGCAGUUCAUAUUCCUCCCCCUGAGGAUCCCAACCCUACUGGGAUUUUUUGCGACCGGAAAAAGAUCUUCAGAGACAAUCGCCUUCUUGAUAAGAAGACAAAAUCCCUCUUGGAGAUUGCCUGGACUACCUAUAACGACAAAGUUCUCAUUCUCUUGACCAUUGCGGCGAUUGUGUCACUAGCUCUAGGCCUUUACCAAACCUUUGGAGGUGAGCAUAAAAAAGGGGAGCCCAAAGUCGAAUGGGUUGAAGGUGUCGCAAUUAUUGUUGCUAUCGUUAUUGUUGUGCUGGUCGGUACAAUCAACGACUGGCAUAUGCAGCGACAGUUCACCCGGCUCACUAAGAGAACCAAUGAUCGUAUGGUCAAUGUUAUUCGUUCAGGGAAGUCCCAAGAGAUAUCCAUCAACGACGUAAUGGUCGGGGAUGUCAUGCAUCUUGCCACGGGGGAUAUCGUACCAGUAGAUGGCAUCUUUAUUCAAGGCAGCGCCGUCAAGUGUGACGAAUCUUCAGCUACUGGAGAGUCGGAUCUGCUCCGAAAGACACCGGCAGCAGAUGUGUUUGAUGCAAUCCAGAAACUCGACACCAAGGAGGCAGAGAAGCUCGAUCCUUUCAUCAUCUCGGGAAGCAAGGUCAAUGAGGGCAAUGGGACAUUUCUUGUGACUGCUGUGGGUGUGAAUUCCAGCUAUGGCCGAAUCUCAAUGGCCCUCCGCACCGAACAGGAAGACACACCCCUGCAGAAGAAGCUCAACAUCUUAGCCGAUUGGAUUGCCAAAGUAGGUGCUGGCGCUGCGCUGUUGCUAUUCGUCGUGCUCUUCAUCAAGUUCUGUGCUCAGCUUCCGAAUAACCACGGAUCUCCCUCCGAGAAGGGUCAAGAAUUCAUGAAGAUUUUCAUCGUCUCAGUCACUGUUGUUGUAGUGGCUGUCCCUGAAGGACUGCCUUUGGCAGUCACACUGGCACUGAGCUUUGCGACUGUCAAGAUGCUCCGCGACAACAAUCUCGUUCGAAUCCUCAAGGCCUGCGAGACGAUGGGCAAUGCUACGACUGUUUGCUCUGAUAAAACUGGGACACUUACCCAGAAUGUAAUGACGAUAGUUGCCGCCACACUUGGUAAAGCAACCAGUUUCGGUGGUGCUGAUCCGCCAAUGGACAAGUCCUUGUCCAUCGAACGGAAGGCUCUCACUGUACCCAAUAUCCCAGACGCCGACUUCGUGAAUAGACUAAGUCAACAAGUCAAGACUCUACUCAUCCAGUCCAAUGUGCUCAACUCAACGGCCUUCGAAGGUGACCAGGAUGGCCAGAAGACAUUCGUCGGUUCCAAGACUGAGGUUGCUUUACUUACCUAUUGCCGAGAUCAUCUAGGAGCUGGGCCAAUCCAAGAGAUAAGAUCUUCUGCCAAUAUCGUGCAGACAGUACCUUUCGAUAGCAAGAACAAGUACAGUGCUGUAAUUGUCAAGCUGCCCAGUGGAAAGUAUCGCGCAUACGCAAAGGGCGCUUCUGAGAUACUGCUGGAACAGUGUACCAAGUGUCUCGGGAAUGUGACGGAAGGGGAAACGAUGUCCGUUCCCCUGACCGAAGCGGAUCGAGACAUGAUCGGUAUGAUUAUUAGCUCCUAUGCCGGACAGACUCUACGAACCAUCGGGUCAUCAUAUCGCGACUUCGAAUCCUGGCCACCUGAGGGAGCCGUCUCCCCGGAAAACCCGCUCCACGCAGAUUUCAAUGCUGUGCACCAAGGUAUGACACUGAUUGGAAUUUACGGUAUCAAAGACCCGUUGCGACCGACUGUAAUCAGUGCUCUUGAGGAUUGUCGCCGGGCUGGCGUCUUUGUAAGAAUGGUAACUGGUGACAAUAUCCAAACGGCCUCUGCUAUCGCCUCCGAAUGUGGUAUUUUCCGUCCUCAUGAAGGUGGCAUUGCGAUGGAAGGUCCCGAGUUUCGAAGACUUCCACCUGAAGAGCUCAAACAAAAGGUGAGAUAUCUUCAAGUCCUGGCCCGCUCAAGUCCGGAGGAUAAACGGAUCCUGAUCCGUACCCUUAAAGAUCUCGGGGAAACAGUGGCAGUGACAGGCGAUGGAACGAAUGAUGCGCCAGCUUUGAAGAUGGCAGACAUUGGAUUCUCCAUGGGCAUCGCUGGAACAGAAGUGGCUAAGGAAGCAUCGUCAAUUAUCCUUCUUGAUGACAACCGUGGUCUUGACAUUUGUCUCAGCGGUUGCAAGCAGCAAGCAGGAAUCUGUUCUCAACGCUGUCCAACUCCUUUGGGUCAAUUUGAUCAUGGACACCUUUGCAGCCCUUGCAUUGGCCACAGACCCCCUACGAGGAGUGUCCUUGACCGGAAGCCAGAUCGAAAGUCGGCACCGCUCAUUACACUGAGAAUAGCCAAGAUGAUCAUAGGACAGGCUAUUUGUCAACUUGCAAUCACAUUUGUGUUAAAUUUUGGUGGCAAGGCCCUUUUAGGCUGGUACGGAGACUCCGAACAUGAUACCAAGCAGCUCAAGACACUCGUCUUCAACACAUUUGUCUGGUUGCAAAUUUUCAACGAAAUCAACAACCGUCGGCUGGAUAACAAGCUAAACAUCUUUGAAGGUCUCCAUCGCAAUGUUUUCUUUAUCAUAAUCAACCUCAUCAUGAUUGGAGGCCAAGUCCUCAUCAUUUUCGUAGGUAGUGAUGCCUUUGAGAUUGUUCGCUUGAACGGUAAAGAAUGGGGACUGUCGAUCGGUCUAGGUGCCAUCUCUGUUCCUUGGGGUGCACUAAUUAGACUCUGUCCCGAUGAGUGGAUUGCUGUAUGUCUCCCAGGCUUCCUUCGCAGAAGAUGGAUUUCGCCUCCCGGUGAAGAUUUCACGAUUGACAAGUCGCUGGAUUCUGACGAUGAAUUUGUACGGCCACCACUUCGCGUCAUGAGCUCCAUCAGGGAACCUCUCCAUCCUUCAAUCGAAGCCUCACAAUCGACCGCCGCCGACGUCCACCACCGACCCUUAGCCGUGUUACAGACGCUCAAUUGCGCUCAUCUAUCAAAAUGGAGCCUCUUCUCCACCAACUACCUGAUGCUCGCUACCGUUUUCACUGCUGGCUUCGCCUGGGAGAUUGGCUUCAACAACGUUAUGGACAAAGUCUGGGACAACAACAACCGAGGCCGACAAUGGAAGGAUAUCCGACAUAAGUUCCUCGAGGGCGGCGAUGAGGAUGAGGAAUAA